CCCGUCGAGUCUCCGGAAGUGGCCGUUGUAAACAACUUCUCCACGGGGUUUGCCCCCCUCAGUCCCCCUUUGCUAUUUGUUCACCCGCCCUGGGUCCUAGAGUCCGCCCAGUUCCAACAGUUUUUGCUCUGCCCCCGCCGUCCGCUUGGGCUUCUUUCUAGUACUUUCGAGGCUUGAAGCUGUCCCCUGGGGUCUUGGGUGUGCGGUCUGGACCACGGGAACCCCCUGAGACUUCAGUCCAUCUGACCUGUAAGCCUCAGACAUCUUGGAUAAUUUCAAUCAUCAGUAACAAAGUAUAUCUUUAAGAAACAGUGGAGUAUUUUGAAAGAGUUGGAAGACUUAUCAUGAGUUUAAACCCUUCAAGUAAUGCCACUGGUGAUACGCAAAGGUUGAAGAAUGCCUCAUCUGAUGUAAAACAAAUGCUUAAAAGUGAAACAGACUUGGAUAUUACUGCUGAUCUGAGAAAGAAACUCCAUCGGGCUAAGAAAGAAAAAUUAGAAAUAACAACUAAGCACAAUGCAGAGUUGGCAAGCUAUGAAAGCCAGAUUGCCAAGCUACGAUCUGAGGUUGAAAAAGGAGAAGCGUUGCGACAAAGUCUGGAAUAUGACCUGGCUGUUGCUAGAAAGGAAGCUGGUCUUGGAAGACGGGCUGCUGAAGAAAGGUUGGCCGAGGCACAAAGGAUCCAAGAGAAACUAUGUGCUCAGAAUACAGAACUUCAAGGAAGGGCAAAUGAGAUUGAGAAGGUGUAUCAGACUUCCCAGCAGAAAUGGAAAGAAGAAUGCAGAAGAUUUGAAUGUGACUUGGAGGAAAGAGAUAAUAUAAUUCAAAAUUGCAAUCGAGAAUAUGAUUUACUUAUGAAAGAAAAAAGCAGACUAGAGAAAACUCUACAGGAAGCGUUGGAAAAACAUCAGCAGGAGAAGAAUGAGAUGGAGUCUCAUAUCAGGGAGACAGCAUUGGAGGAGUUUAGAUUACAAGCAGAACAAUGGGAAGCAGAAAGAAGAGAGUUACAAUUUAUAGUACAGGAGCAAGAUAAUGCUGUACAAAAUAUGCACAAGAAAGUAGAAAAAUUAGAAGCUGAACACAUGGAGUGCUCUGACCUUUUACGGAGACAAACAAGUGAACUUGAAUUUAGCACUCAGCGAGAGGAAUGUCUUAGAAAAGAAUUUGAGGCAACUACUCUAAGAGUGAGGAAAUUAGAGGAAAAUAUUGAAGCAGAAAGAGCUGCACAUUUGGAAUCAAAAUUUAAUUCUGAAAUUAUUCAGUUACGGAUUCGAGACCUUGAAGGAGCUUUGCAGGUAGAAAAGGCCAGCCAAGCAGAAGCAGUUGCUGAUUUGGAAAUGAUCAAGAAUGAAUUUAAAGAAGUUGAAAGUGCAUAUGAGCGAGAGAAGCAUAAUGCCCAAGAGAGCUUUGCAAAGCUAAGUUUAUUAGAAAGAGAGUAUUUCUCCAAAAACAAGAAACUGAAUGAAGAGAUUGAGGAACAGAAGAAAGUAAUUAUAGACCUUUCGAAGAGACUCCAGUAUAAUGAAAAAAGUUGUAGUGAAUUACAGGAAGAACUCGUAAUGGCAAAGAAGCACCAGGCCUUUCUCGUAGAGACAUGUGAAAAUAACAUGAAAGAAUUGGAAUCGAUCUUGGACAGCUUUACUGUGUCGGGCCAGUGGACAUCAGGCAUCCACAAGGACAAAGAUAAACCUCCCAGCUUCUCUGUUGUCCUUGAGAUUUUGAGGCGUACCUUGACAGAUUACCAGAACAAGCUGGAAAAUGCAUCUAAUGAGCUAAACAAUGUGAAUGAUGCUAAGGAAAAGGCAUCUAAUGAGCUUGAUUCUACCAAACAGAAGAUAGAAUUUCACACUAAAAGUAUAAAGGACCUUCAGGACAAACUGGCUGAUGUCAGUAAAGAGUUAAGUCAUUUACGCACUAAGUGUGCCGAUAGAGAGGCUCUCAUAAGCACUUUAAAAGUGGAACUACAAAAUGUGCUGCACUGUUGGGAGAAAGAAAAGGCACGAGCAGUCCAAUCUGAAUGUGAACUGCAGAAACUUUCCCAGGCUUUCCAGAAGGAUACCGAGGAGAAACUAACUUUCCUUCAUACCUUGUAUCAGCACUUGGUAGCAGGCUGUGCGCUCAUAAAACAACCAGAAGGCAUACUGGAUAAAUUCUCUUGGUCUGAGCUUUGUGCCGUCUUGCAGGAGAAUGUUGAUGCCCUGAUCGCAGACCUCAACAGAGCUAAUGAGAAGAUAUGUCAUCUAGAGUACAUCUGUAAAAACAAGUCUGAUACGAUGAGAGAGCUUCAGCAGACCCAGGAAGACACCUUCAACAAAGUAGCAGAGCAGAUCAAAGCCCAAGAGAGCUGCUGGCAAAAACAAAAGAAGGAACUGGAGCUGCAGUACUCGGAGCUGCUUCUGGAGGUGCAGAAGAGGGCCCAGAAAUUUCAGGAAAUUGCUGAAAAAAAUAUGGAAAAAUUGAACCGUAUUGAGAAGUCACAUGAACAGUUGGUUUUUGAAAAUUCACGCAUCAAAAAUGUCUUAUCACAGACUCAAAAGGAGCAAACAUCCUUGCUGGCAGCUUGUGCAUUGAUGGCUGGUGCCUUAUAUCCUCUCUAUAGCCGAUCAUGUGCCUUAUCUACUCAGAGAGAUUUUCUCCAGGAGCAAGUUAACACCUUUGAGUUGUUCAAAUUGGAAGUAAGAACUCUAUCCCAGGCUUUGUCAACAGUAGAGGAAAAAAAGCAAGAGGAAGCCAAGAUGAAGAAAAAACCAUUCAAAGGAUGGAUACGUGUAUUCCGGAAAGGUGUUAUUGCAAUUUUGGCAGCAAACAGGCUCCGGGUUUUAGGCCAAUCGUGUGCCUCUCUUUUUACCUGGAUGGAAAGUUUCAAAGAAGGCAUAGGCAUAUUAGUGUGUACAGGAGACCCGAAAGACAAACAUAAAUUUCCAAAACAUCAAAAGGAGCAGUUACGUUGUUUGCAAGCGCUGAGUUGGCUCACCAGUUCUGACCUUCUUGCUGCAAUAAUCACUUCUAUGGCUGAGUUACAGGAAGUCAUUACUAAAACAGAUCCAAAUUCCAGAAUGUGUGGACACUUACUAAUAGGUGCGGCCAAGAAUUCUUUUGCAAAACUCAUGGAUAAAAUUAGGUUAGCAAUGGAGAGUUUACCUUUGCACAGUAGCAGCAGGAGUAUUACAUAUGUAGAAAAAGAUUCCCUGGUUCAGAGGCUGGCCCGUGGACUUCAUAAAGUAAACACAUUGGCCCUGAAAUACGGACUGCGUGGUCACGUGCCCAUUUUGAAAAGCACAGCAUCAUUACAGAAGCAAAUAUUUGGAUUUACACAGAGACUGCACGCAGCGGAAGUGGAGCGCCGCGCGCUGCGCUUAGAGGUCACCGAAUUCAAACGAACUGUCAAUGAAAUGAAAAAGGAGCUUGACAAAGCCCAGGGUCUCCAAAUGCAAUUAAAUGAAUUUAAGCACUCUAAAUUGAUCACCCAUGAGAAGUUUGAAAGUGCCUGUGAAGAACUGAAUAAUGCAUUACUUCGGGAACAGCAGGCACAAAUGCUAUUGAAUGAACAGGCGCAACAACUACAGGAGUUGAAUUAUAGACUUGAACUACAUUCCAGUGAGGAAGCUGACAAAAACCAAACUCUCGGAGAAGCUGUUAAGAGUCUCUCCGAGGCAAAGAUGGAGCUGAGAAGAAAAGAUCAAUCUCUGCGUCAGCUCAAUAGACAUCUUACCCAGCUGGAGCAGGACAAGCGUCGACUGGAGGAGAACAUCCAUGAUGCAGAGAGUGCUCUCCGCAUGGCAGCCAAAGACAAAGAGUGUGUUGCUAAUCAUAUGAAAACAGUAGAAAAUAUGCUUCAUAAGGUCAGAGAUCAGAUCUCGCUGUCACGGACUGCGGCAAGUAGGAAUGACUUCACCCUGCAGCUACCCAAACUGCACCUGGAGACCUUUGCAAUGGAGGGGCUCAAGGGCGGGCCAGAGGUUGUGGCGUGCCAGGCUAUGAUUAAAAGUUUCAUGGAUGUCUACCAGCUUGCAAGCACUAGAAUUGCUACAUUAGAGAAGGAAAUGACAUCUCAUCGAAGUCACAUUGCAACCUUGAAAUCAGAACUUCACACAGCUUGUUUACGUGAAAAUGAAAGUUUGCAAUCAACAGGAUCACGAGACCAUUCAAAUCUCUCAAUUCCUUCAAGAGCUGCUCUUCCUGCCGACACAAUUGGUGUUGGGGAUUUUUUGCCAUUGAAAGCUGAACUUGAUACAACGUACACUUUCUUAAAGGAGACAUAUAUAAAUUCUGCGCCCCUGACGUCAUCUGACUCCUCUCCAGUAACUAUGUCUGCUAAUGCCAAAAGACCAGCUCACAUUGGAUUAUGACUUUAUGAAUUAAAAAAAUGCAGGAAGAGUUAACAGUACAAUUAAAAUUGUUUUGAAGGGGCUUUUUCUUAUCAGUUGAAUUUUGUUUCGACACAAGUGGCAAUGGAUUUUUAAAAAUUGUGUGCUAUCUUGAUGUGUGCUGGUCUCUCUGUCUCCUUGAAUAAUGAAAUAACCAACU